CAGGUGGUGGUUGAUUUUCAUGCCCUUUGGUGUGGGCCGUGCAAACGUAUCGCGCCCGAUGUCAAAAAUCUGGCAAAGAAAUAUGCGGCUGCGGCAGUGUUCCUCAAAGUGGAUGUGGAUCAGCUGCCCGAAACGGCGCAGAUGUAUAGCGUGCGCUCAAUGCCUACGUUUAUGUUCUUCUUGAAAGGAAAUAAGGUUGACCAGUUCAGUGGUGCGAAUGUGCCGAAACUGGAGCAAACGAUCAAGUACCACCUUCCCGACAUCAAACCCACGGGUGGGUUCACACUCGGGUCGACACCUGCCCAAAGUUCGUCCAUGUGGUACGAAGGCAAUGCGGCCGAGGCCGUUCAAUGCGUAGGCUCCAGCGGUCAGUUGCUGCUAGUGUAUAUCACGGACCCGGACGGUGACAGCAGCGCAUGGGACAGUAACGAAGUGCGGCGCGCGCUCUCUCUCACAGACACUUUGGGUAACAAAGUGGCUCUGUGCUUGAAACUGGUGGUAGGCGAGGAGGCCUGUACACAGUUCAGCAGUGUGUACCCAGUGCUGAAGACCCCCACAACGUAUUUCCUGUCCCCGCUGGGAGUACCGUACGAGGUGUUCACAGAUGACCACACAUCAGCCAAAGUCACCGCAGCCAUCAAGAGUGCUGUUGCUAUGCACUCGGCUAAUAAAACUGCGUCUGCCCCUGCAGCCACGCCCACAACCACAGCUCCUGCAGCAACCCCUCAGUCGCCUAAGACCACAUCCGCUGCUGAUACCACAGCGCAAACGGCUGACAAGGGCAAAGGCGAAGCAUCGAGCGCAGCCGACAAAGCGGCCGAACUCAAGAAGAAAGUGCAGCAACGGAGAGAGUCGAAUAUUGCCGACGAACGAGCGCGUGAGAAGGAAGCGGAACUAUCACGCAGGAAGAAUGCCAAGGAAAUCCUGGAAGCGGAGAGAAAACGCAAAGAGGAAGGUUUGAAACAACUUCAGGUAGACAUCAAACAGCAGCGUGUGGAGGACGCCGAGGCACGACAACGUAUUAAACAAAAGAUACAGGAGGACCGCCAGGAGAAGAUUCGAAGGGAAGCUGAGCGAAAGACACUCGCGGCGCAGCGACAAGACGGACACCUCGACGAAGGACACACCUCCACACGGGCCAAUCAAAACGCGUCAUUCCCCACCGCCACAACCAAUAAGAACUGCGCAAAUGCGCAGAUCCAGUUCCGGUUUAGUGACGGCAGUGUGCACAGACACACUUUUACGGGUGCGCAGGGUGCCACCUUGGCGGAUGUGUGCGCGUAUCUGAGCGACAACCACAGAAACAUGGCUGGUGCCGACCCACGCUUGCACAUGACCUUCCCACCCCGCGUGUUUGGGGCUGAGGAUAUGCAGAGCACUCUGAACACCCUCGGACUCACCCCAAGUGCAACUGUAAUGGUGAAGAAACCAGUGUCAGCCAAUCUCUUUGCUUGCCCACCUGGCGGAGGCGGUUCAUUGGUCUCGUCCAAUCCGAUGAACGCGCUGUACACGAUGAUAGUGGCGUGUUUUAUUUAUAUACGCAAUGUGAUUGGCUUAGGUGACCGACCGGGGAGCGGGAGUGCGAGUACGCCUGACCCAAUGGCACGGGUUAACAAUAGUCGGCUGUUAAGGGGUGGAUCUAAGGCGAACUCCAGCAAAGCAUCUACCGACACGUCUGACACCGGAAGUAUGCGGAAACGCAACACCGGUACCUCUACAUCGGGCACCACGACUUCAAGGAACGUCCACAAGUUUCGGAACAACGAUGACGAUGAUCGCGACAAGGAGAGAAAUGAAGCGUACAACGGCAACUCAACGGCACAGCAAUAGAUAAACCUGACUUGGUUUUUAUAAUAAAUCGGAGAUUUGAUCAUCUUUGUACGUUGAGUUUGGAAUUAAAUCUUAUAAUAUAUUCCGAGGAAGCAAAUUCGUAACGUAUAGCGAAAAACAUCGGCUGUGAUUUCACAAGUAGACAUUGCUACUUCGUUGACAAUGUGGUUGAGUACUGUAAUCAC